ACGUCAGACGUGUGAACAAACAAUUGUUGGACUUCAACAAGCUAGCGAAUGGCACCACAAGAAAAACUGGUUCAACAGACUUGUACCGGGGACAGAGAGACCUGCGACAUCCAACCGCUUCGGAAUAUUCUGAGAAUAACCAUUAAAUAGUUGGUGUUGUUAGUGUCGAAAACUCCAUCUUCGUCGCGGCUUCAUUAGCGUCAACGUUAGCUACCGAAACAUGCCCAUUGCUCGGAGUGUGACGCCUGUUUUUUUCUGGCUGCCGCUGGUCGAAGGCUGUGAUGCGAGCUGAGCUGCAGCAGCACCACAGAGGGUGAGACAAGAGCCGGAAAACAUUUGUUUUUUUCCCAUCCCGUUACACACAGGAGGAGAAUGGACUUGUCGAGGGUAAACAUGCGACAGACAUGCGAGCGCACACGGGCCUGAAUGUCAUUGUUGGCCAACAACUUUAGCAGGCUAGCUAACAUUAGCUCGCUCAAAUUCAUGCAAAUGCAUAGGUGUUUGGUGUAGGGCAGUACGCUUACAUUGCUAGCGUAAUGGAGGCACCCUGAGUCACUUGAUCGUUUUCAGCUGACUGACUGGUCCUUUUAAAUACUAUCGACAAUGUGCUGACGAACAGACAGCCUUUGACUCGGUUCCCCUUAUCGAGUAAUAAUAGGACCCGGUUGCCUUAUUGGGUCAUAGUUGGACAAAGUUACCUGGUCCAGCAACUGAAUCAUUUCUGAAACCGUUUUGUUUGGCACUCAUUUUAUGUUGUAAUAUUUGCGUAUUAUUGCACUUUAAGUAGCCAGCAUUACAAGUAUGCACCAAACUCACAGGUGAACUGGUGUUAGUGUAUUUUACCACAAUAGAAUAAACCAUUAGUAAUUUAGGUGUCAUAUUGCACUGGAAUGCGAUUUUGUCAAUUAAGCAUCAGUAUGGGUGCACAUCUACUAUUGGUAUUGUGAGUCAGAGAUCAGUGUCAGGCUUGUCAGUCAGUAUCCCCUAUAACAUACUUUCUAGGCUGUCUGGCACAGUUAAAGACUUGAGUUUUACUGGAAAUGAAAACAUGAAUAUCGAGGAGCAGUGUUUAGAUGUAUGCAAUGUAAAGACAAAAAGCAAUGUGGACGAUGAAUGCAACACUACCAGCAACACAGAAGGGGUCACCCCACGGAUCUCUGAACUGAUGACGGAUAGUGACACAAAAAAGCACACUAUUGUUCCCACAGAGGCCACUGAAACGUUUGUGAUGCCACAGCUCACUGACAACCUUCAGGCAGUGGAGGAGAAUAACCACCAGGUACAAAAUACACUGGAAAUUGACGAGGUCAAUGGAAAUGGAAAGAACACUGCCAAAGACACUCCUGUGAUUGCAAAUCCCACCAGCUUCAUCCUCUCCGAUGUGCAGCACAUCGGUGACACUGGCGUGGAAAAAAUGAAGGAAGAUAAAGACAUUAAUGUUGUAGUAGGUGAAAGGGGCGAUAGUGGGGACAUGGACAUAGGUGUGGCCCUGAGUCUGGAUGAGACUGGGGUGUUGGAGGCUGAAUCGUCAAACAAUAGAUCAUUGCUGGACAAUGCUUUAGACUCGGAGCCCUCGUCCCAGGAGGACCCACCUGCCAACUUGGCAGAGAGCUUGUCCGAUGUAAGUCAGGUGAGCAGCACAGAGGCUUCUGCCACAAACCAGGUUGGACUAUACCCCUCAGUGGAGGAAGGGGACAAUAAACACAAACAAAGUGGCAAAAAGGUGACAUUUCCUUCAGAUGAGGACAUCGUUUCUGGAGCAGUGGAGCCCAAGGACCCCUGGAGACAUGCUCUGAAUGUGACAGUGGAGGAGAUCCUCUCUGCCUACAAACAGGCAUGUCAGAAACUCAACUGCAAAACUAUUCCCAAAGUGCUUAAACAGAUACAGGAGUUCAAAGACCUGACACAGCGAAACGAAUGCUUAGAUUUGAAAGGUGAAAAGCUGGACUACAAAGCAUGCGAGUCUCUGGAGGAGAUUUUGAAGAGGGUCCAGUUUAAAGUGAUCGACCUGGAGCAGACCAAUCUGGAUGAAGAUGGUGCAUCAGCUCUAUUUGACAUGAUAGAGUAUUACGAGUCAGCCACACAUCUGAACAUCUCCUUCAACAAGCACAUUGGGACACGGGGAUGGCAGGCUGCAGCUCACAUGAUGAGAAAGACGAGCUCCCUACAGUAUCUCGACGCACGUAACACUCCUCUGCUCGACCACUCGGCUCCUUUUGUGGCGAGGGCACUGAGGAUCAGUGGCAGCCUGGCAGUCCUCCACCUGGAGAAUGCUAGUCUGUCUGGGAGGCCUCUCAUGUUACUGGCUACGGCUCUGAAGAUGAACAUGAACCUGCGGGAGUUGUACCUUGCUGACAACAAACUCAAUGGCCUGCAGGAUUCGGCUCAACUUGGCAACCUGCUCAAGUUCAACUAUAAUAUCCAGAUCCUGGACCUGCGUAACAACCACAUCCUAGACUCUGGUCUGGCCUACGUAUGUGAAGGACUCAAAGAGCAGAGGAAAGGCCUCGUCACUUUGGUGCUAUGGAACAACCAGCUCACACACAACGGCAUGGGUUACCUCGCUGCUGCACUGCCAUGCACUCAGAGUCUGGAGACCCUGAACCUUGGUCAUAACUCAGUGGGUAAUGAAGGCGUCCAUAAGCUGAAAGAUGGACUGAUUGCCAACCGCUCUGUGCUCAGACUCGGCCUUGCCUCCACCAAACUCUCUUGUGAAGGAGCGGUGGCUGUGGCUGAAUUCAUUGCAGAGAGCCCGAGACUGCUGCGCUUGGACCUACGAGAGAAUGAAAUCAAGACUGGUGGACUGAUGGCCUUAUCUCUCGCCCUGAAAGUCAACAACUCUUUGCUGCGUCUCGAUCUCGACCGGGAGCCCAAGAAAGAAGCUGUAAAGAGCUUCAUUGAGACACAGCGUGAUCUGCUGGCUGAAAUCCAGAAUGGCUGCAAGAGAAACUUCAUUCUGGCUAAAGAGAAGGAGGAAACUGAGCAGAAGAUGAGACAGUCGGCUUCCAUGGCUGAAAUCGCCACAGAAGAUGGAACCAGAGAAAUAGAGGAGGAGGAAAAUCCGGCACCAAAGGAGAGUGAUGAGAAAGAGGAGAAAAAAGAAGAAGAAGUGAUUGAAACAACAGGAGACGAUGAACAGAAAGACAGUCAGACAGAAGCAACCUCUGAGACAAAGGUGGAGUCAGACUCAGACACUGAUGAUGAGGAGGAAGAGGAGGUGAUAACAAAGUCCUCCUCCACUUCCUCAAACCAGACUGCUCUUCAAGCCCAGACGGGGUCUUCACAGCCAGCCCUCAGUGCCUCAAAUACUUCUUCUCCACCAUCUGCCUCACCUACUGUAGGGCCGAGUGUCAUUUCCAGCAUCACUGUCACAGAAUCCACAGCGCCUCCUGGCACUCCUCCGUCUCCUGGUCGCUGUAUAUCAGUCUCAAGCCCGGGGAGGGGUCAUAAGAUCUUCAUGGUGACCCGAGUGGAAAGCCCCCCCGAGCAGCAGCAGAAGCUUCAGCUGCUGCAGCCCCGGAAACAUGCACCUACAGCCUCCCCCCAAAAUAAAGAGAAGCCUGCUAAUGCGGACACACAGCACAUGACGCAGCAGACACAGGAAGAGAGCUCAACUGCGCCACCAGCAGACUGUAAACUGACAGAGCAGAGUGUUGUAGCACACUCCAAGUCUACACUGGAUACUACACACACCAACACACUAGAGCAACUGUCUACACGUCAACACACUGAGGAUGUUGCAGCAAGUACCUCACAGCCAAAUAUACAAGCAUCGGCCCUGCCUUCAGAAUCCUCACCAGAACAGGCUGGAACAUCUCAGCUCACUGAGGAGGUAAGACAGAGCACAGAAAACCUUCAGUCCACCUCUGUGGAAGGAGAAAAGGAAGGAGCAGAGAACAAGCAAGGUCCAUCAAAAGAUGACAGAGGUGUAAUGCCCCCUUGUAGCAUAGAGGAAGAUUGUGAAAGGUUAGAGGAGCUGAGUCAAAGCCAGGCCACAAUCCCUGCGACAGACGCACAACAGUUAACAACUACACUCAAACAUCUACAGAAUGAGCUCACACCUGCAUCAGAGGAGACCCAGUCCCCAUGCCAACCAGCAGAAGAAGACAAAGAGGAGGCACUUCCACACCAAGAGGAACAGGAGGUGCUGCUCAUCUUAUCAGAAAUCAAGCCUCCCACUUCUACAGCACAGAAAGACAAAAGCCAACCAAACCAAGAGUCUCUUCUUCCAGUUGAGGCGAAUCAUGGACCACAGGAGUCAAACUCUUCAGAGAGUCCCAAAUCCACCACAACUGGGGCCGUCUCCCUAGUGGAAGUGGAGGACUCGCCUGAUGAGAGCUCGGCUGACGAGGUCGAGUGUUUCACUGACGCUCUGGAGGGAGAGUUAGUCAGUUCAGCUCUACCCAAUGGCCUGAAAUCUGAGUUCUCCCUCCAUCUGCUGGACACUGAAAACGCUAAGCCUGGCAGCUGUGUGAUGGAGCACGUCAGUGUCAGCUGUGGACAGGACCUGGAGGAGCUGCUGCUAGAAGCCAGUUUGGACACAGGAAGAGAUGCACCAUGAACUCAAGAGGUUCACGAGGACGGGAGAAAACCACAUUGAGAUAGUUUGUCUGGUUCGACGACAUGACCGCCCUACAAUGUUUUUGUCAACUCUUUGACUUCACCACCAACGUAACCUUUCUAUAAAAGAUGGAAGAGCUGACGUUAAAGUCAAAGCUCCUUACACACACAUACAAGCAACUAAUGGGAAAGACUCAAAGGACAAGACCCAACUGUUUAGCCUGGACAUCCUUUAUACACACACACACACACGCACGCACUACACAUAUACACGUGUACACUGAGUGUGAGAGAGGAGGAUGGGGGAAAUAAUCACCCUGAUAUCACUACAUUUUGUCAAUCUGCAAUCUUUACACACAACAACUGCCUGUGAGUGAGAGAGCAGCAAGAUGGAGGGACAAAGGAGGGAGGAGAAAACACUAACCAAAGACAGAACACACACCUUUCUCACAGUCCAUAUUCACACACACACACACAGUCUCUCUCUCUGUCUGUCUCUCUCUCUCUCUCUCUCUCUCUCUUUUCAUAACACAUACACACACAGACAAAAGGAUGAUGCUAAGAGACCCUGCUGAGGCGACCUGCUGGCUUUAAACACUCGCCCCGGAGUAUAUCUGUAUCAAAGGCUUUUAUAUUCACGGAAGCUGAGGAUGUUACAGUGUCUAAAUGUCAACGUUUUUUUGGUCUGUG